GCGGCUCUCCAGGGCAGAUCUUCCGAGCGACCCGCCCUAUGUUAGAAAUAGGAAAAUCCAAUAAUAACAACACUCCACAAAAAAGAAAAAAAGAAAAGAAAAAAAAGUGUCAACUUUGAUCACGCAUGCUCCCUUGUCAUGCACCUUAUACACAACAUUUGUUCUAACUUAGAAAGUCGCGGGAAAGCCAGGAAGUAACGUUACAGUAAGCCAAUCAGUUGAGGGGAAACAUCUCAUGUUUAAAAUGCCUGUGAUAUCCGAGAGAAGGCGUCAACAGACAGCUUUUUAAGAGUCUAGUGUGAAAGUGCAAGCUAACUGUUGGCAAGAAGACCCACAGGACCAAUUCAAAACUGGAGCACUCAAUGUUUCUUGAAGAUGAAGUAAAUCUGUGAGUGGAUGACUUUAUAUGCCAGUGAAAGAGAAAGGCCUUGCAAUUGUCUAAGCUGAGAGGAGUUUAUGCACUGAAAAGACCUCAGGAAAAUCCACAAUGGCCGCCAAAAGGAAAGGUGGCCUAAAACUGAAUGCGAUCUGUGCCAAGCUUAGCAAGCAGGUGGUGUACGACGGCAGUUCCCAGAAUGCAGAGGGAGACUCAGAUCUAGUGGACAACAGUGAGCGGGGCAGCUUGCAAAACGAUGAGGGUGACAGACCUGAAAGUGUCUUCUCAGAGGUCCUGACCCUGGGCACGAGCCUUGAAGAGGACCAGAAACGGCGCGAAGCCAUUGAGAAAUGGGUGAAUGGCGAGUACGCUGAUGAUCCGCAGUCCUUAGGAGGGGGCGAGCACAGGGGACUCAAACCUAACAAUGGAGAAGAUGGUCCCCCUGAAGGGGUGUACAUGGUUCAGCCUAAAGGCUGCAGCGAUGACGAAGACAAAACAGAAGAAGUCGAGACCAUGCCCAGCUCCCACGAGGGCAGUUAUCAUGAGGACAGAGACUCAGAGGACAGCCCGCACAAGGACGACAGCUACCAGCCCACCACUGAAACCCCCCCUCGCCAAGCCCCCUUCACCUCAACAGGAGAGGGCUCCGCACUACACGAUUACGCCGCUAACACAAUGAAUGAGUUCUUACAUAUGUUCGGCUAUGAUGACCAGCAGGUUAGGGAUGAACUGGCCAAGAAGAUCAGCUUUGAAAAACUGAAAGCAGCUACCUCAGAUCCCUCCUCCCUGAGCAGUGAGGAGGCCACCCGUCGAGCUCGCUUCUCCAAGUAUCAGGAGUACAUCCGCAAGCUGAAGGCCGGGGAGACCCUGCCCUGGCCUGUGCACACAAAGCCCGAAGAGCUCAACUCCAAAAUGGAGAAGAGCACUGCCCACGUCCAACCGGUCCUUACAGGGUCAGAGAGUCAGAUAUUUCCACCCGGAAUGGACCACAAACAAAGCUCGCUCAACCCACCCCCAACCAACCUGUCACACAUCCAGAACCUGGCGUCCCGUACAUCCAAGUACGAUUACUUCAUCCAGAAGCUAAAGAUGGGUGAGAGUCUCAAACAGCAGAAUGGCAAUUCCUACAAGCGGCCCUCCAAGUACGACUUGGAGAACGUCAAGUUCCUGCACCUCUUUAAGCCCGGAGAGGGCAACCCUGACAUGGGAGGCGCCAUCGCUUUUAAGACCGGCAAGGUUGGCAGGCCGUCAAAGUAUGAUAUUCGUAAUAUCCAGAAGCUCAUCCCCGGGAAGGUUGAUCCUCCAGUGAUGCCGAGCGUUCUCCCAGCUACGGCAGGAACCCCAGGAACCCCAAUCAUAAGUACGGCUGCUCCCGCUGGGGUCGUAGGACCUCCCGGAUUGCCUGUAGACCAGGCUGGCCACCUUGGCUUUAACACAGACUACAUGCAGUCCAACUUCUCCAAGACUGACUCCAUCACUACUGGAACUGUCUCCUCAGUCAAGAACGGCCUUCCUCCCGAGAAACCUGUCACAGAGGAAGUCAACGUGUACCAGAAAUAUAUUGCCCGGUUCUCUGGGAGCCAGCACUGUGGCCAUGUGCACUGUGCUUACCAGUACAGGGAGCAUUAUCACUGCAUGGACCCUGAAUGUAACUAUCAGAGAUUCACCAGUAAGCAGGAUGUGAUAAGGCAUUAUAACAUGCAUAAGAAGAGGGACAACUCCCUGCAGCAUGGAUUCAUGCGCUUCAGCCCUUUGGAUGACUGCAGUGUGUACUACCAUGGCUGCCAUCUCAACGGCAAGAGUACCCACUACCACUGCAUGCAGGUGGGCUGCAACAAGGUGUACACAAGCACCUCUGAUGUCAUGACUCAUGAGAACUUCCAUAAGAAAAAUGCACAGCUAAUCAACGAUGGCUUCCAAAGGUUCCGUGCCACUGAGGAUUGUGGGACGGUCGAGUGCCAGUUCUAUGGGCAGAAGACCACCCACUUCCACUGCAGGCGCCAAGGCUGUACAUUCACCUUCAAGAACAAGUGUGACAUAGAGAAGCACAAGAGCUAUCACAUCAAAGACGACGCUUACGCCAAGGACGGCUUCAAGAAGUUUUACAAAUAUGAGGAGUGCAAGUACGAAGGCUGUGUCUACAGCAAGGCCACCAACCAUUUUCAUUGCAUACGCCAAGGGUGCGGCUUCACCUUUACCUCCACAAGCCAGAUGACAUCACAUAAACGCAAACACGAGCGGCGCCACAUUCGCUCCUCGGGCGUGUUAGGCCUCAAUUCCCCCUUCCUGUUGCCCAAAGACGAGCAGGAAGAGUCCAGCAACGAUGACCUCAUGGACUACUCAGCCAUUAGCAGCAAGAACUCCAGCUUAAGUGCUUCCCCAACAACCCAGCAGUCCUCCACCGUACCACACAUGAUGCCCACUCCCACCACCACCAUGUCCUCCACCCACAGCGUCAAGCUCACCGCCGCUCUGCCUCCAGCCAGCCGCAUUUCCACUCUGCUAUCCCAGGCUCUGCCCAGCAAUGUACCCAUGGCCCUAGCACUUUCCAGCAGUGCACUGGCAGGUGCUUCCAACCCCUUCUUCCCCCUCAUUCCCAGAAUGCCCAUGUCACUCACACCCUCUACCGCGGGUCUGAUCUCUGCGGCUUCCUCCGGAGGUCACUCCAUGCCCAGCGAUUCUCUACCCCAGACCUCCACCCCGACUGGGGACCCAGCCUCUGCUACUGUAGCUUCCACUCCGACUUCUUUUGCUGCAUCAUCCAUUAUGGAGAAGAUGUCGGCCAGCAAGUGUCUGAUAUCACCUAUGAUGGCCCGACUGGCAGCUGCUGCCCUGAAGCCCUCUAGUAACCCGGAUGCAGGGAUGGGGCAGCCGGCUCAGACAGGCCGGUUUAAUCCAGGCGAGGUGAAGCAGGAGCCGGCCGAUGGUGCUUCCGCGGCCUCCCAAGACACUGUCCAGGAGCACAGCCUGGACCUGAGCAAGAAAGAAAACAGCACUGAAUCAAACGGACACCCUGCACCGGGAAAUACAUCUCUUUUAUCCUCACUUAUGAAUAAGAUGAAUCCUGGUUUCUUCAGAGCUUUGGAUCUGAAGUCAGAGCUGGAGGGAGCUCAGGCAGCAAACGGCUCAGACGCAGCUCAGUAUCUCAGUAGGGUAAUGAAGAGGUCAGACCCAGAGAAACACUCUGAGCAUUGGAGGACCUUCCUGCGCAGGUUUGACACUGACGAUUUCUGUGAAGGCCAGUGUGAUUUCUUGCACAAGAUGCAUUUUCAUUGCAUGGUGGAGGAUUGUGGGGCGCUUUUCAGCACGUUGGAUGGAGCCAUCAAACACGCCAACUUCCACUUUAGAGCCAACCUGAAGGUUAAAUCGGAGUCCCCUUUCAACGAGAGCAAGGAAUCUAAUGAUAGUGCCCCUAAUCAAAUGGCUGCCCCAGUUUCCAUGGCCAAGACGCCUCCCAUGGAGGUGCCAAGCCAUGCUGUGUCUGGGGGCUACAGCUCUUCCCCUUCUCUCCAAGCCUGGAAGCAGCUGGCCGGAUCGAUCCCCCAACUUCCCGCCUCCAUGCCCAGUAUGCCAGCCACUUCCCCUCUGGCCACCACCUCGCUGGAAAACGCCAAGCCUCAGGUCAAGCCUGGCUUCCUGCAGUUUCAGGAGAAUGAUCCUUGUCUGGCCACAGACUGCAAAUACUCGAAUAAGUUCCACUUCCACUGUCUGUUUGGCAAUUGCAAAUAUGUGUGUAAGACAUCUGGGAAGGCUGAAUCACAUUGUCUGGACCACAUUAACCCCAACAACUACCUGGUGAAUGUGCGAGACCAGUUCUCCUACUAUUCUCUGCAGUGUCUUUGUCCUAACCAGCACUGUGAGUUUCGCAUGAGGGGCCAUUAUCAUUGUCUGAGACCUGGCUGUUUCUUUGUCACCAACAUCACCACCAAACUGCCCUGGCACAUCAAGAAGCACGAGAAAGCUGAAAGACGUGCUGCCAACGGCUUCAAGUACUUCACCAAAAGAGAAGAAUGUGGCAGACCAGGGUGCAAAUACAACCAAGUUAACAGCCACUUCCAUUGUAUCCGUGAGGGCUGUCAGUUCUCUUUCCUGCUGAAGCACCAGAUGACCUCUCAUGCCCGCAAACACAUGAGGAGGAUGCUGGGUAAAAACUUUGACAGAGUUCCUUCCCAGGUGGUUUCUCAUGCCAGUCGACCUGAAGAGAUGCAGCACAUGGCCAGUCUAGCUUCAUCCGGUGGGGUAGGCAGCCACCCUAAUCUGAACCCCAAUUUCUCUAACAUGAUGGAGGAAGAUGAUGACUACAUGGACUACACUGUUGGAGGAAGCCCAUUGGGUCUCUCCUCAGAGUCCUCCAACCAAGACCGCAGUUGCACCAGCACCCCCGUGGGCAACGAUAGUUCGCCAGCAGGACCAGGCUGUCAGGUCCCUGCCAUCACUACCUCUGCUGACUCUCCUCUUUCCUCUCAGUCUGCACCUCCUCCUCCACCACCACCUCCACUUCCACCUCCUCAUCACCCUGCACUCCAGAGUCAGCCUCCAUCUCUCUCUCUGGCUCUUCUCCGGCCGCCACAGACCUCGCUCCCAUAUCUCCUUUCCCCAUCCUGUCUGUCAUACUCUCUGCUCAGCGCCUCUCUCGGAGCCACUAGGAGUGUUGUCAUGCCAACCAACACACCAGCUUUCAGCCCCAUCAUUCCUACUUCGUCUUCGGUUAAAAAUGACGUCCCUAUAGUGCAGGACGCUGCAGGCAACACCAUCUCUAUUCCCACUGCAGCUGGCGCCAAGAAACGUUUCUGGAUCAUCGAGGACAUGUCACCCUACGGCAAGCGCCGCAAGACUCCUUCAUCCCGCAAGAUGCUCGAUGAAGGCAUGAUGCUGGAAGGGUUCCGCCGCUAUGACCUCUAUGAGGACUGCAAGGAUACGACCUGUCAGUUUUCCCUGAAGGUAACCCACUAUCACUGCACACGGGAGAACUGCGGCUACAAGUUCUGCGGCCGCACCCACAUGUACAAGCACGCCCAGCACCACGACCGCGUGGACAACCUGGUCCUGGAUGACUUCAAGCGCUUCAAGUCUUCAUUGUGCUGCAACUUCCCCGACUGCCAGUUCUCCGGCAACAGCACCCACUUCCACUGUCUGCGCUGUGGCUUCCGCUGCACAGACAGCACCAAGGUGACGGCGCACCGCAAGCACCACGGCAAGCAGGACGUGAUCAGCGCCGCCGGAUUCUGUCAGUUCAGCUCCAGCGUGGACUGCGAGGUGGCAGACUGCAAGUACAAGCUCAAGUGCUCACAUUUCCACUGCACCUACCCAGAGUGCAAGCACACAGUGGUGGGCAUGUCACAGAUGGAUUCCCAUAAGCGCAAGCAUGAGAAGCAGGAGAGGGGAGAGCUGCCUUCAGUCUCCCCCAACCAGGAUGGCAACCACCACCACCAUACAGGCCUAGCCGUACCCCCAAUGCCCAUGAAUAUGCCCCCAACAUCACCCGGCACACCAGGGUUGAACCACAACAAUAUGGCCAUGUUCCUCCCUUCAGCAGGGGCCAACAAUGAGUACGAGCAUCCGGGCUCAGCAGUCAACCUUGACAGCUCUCUGAACCUUGGGACGGACACCAACAGCUCCUUGUUCUUCCUGAAAAACGCUGCUGGGUUGGGCCUCAGUGACUCCAUGGACCUGAGCAAAAAGCAGUCCCUGGCCAUUAGUUCUGGUAGAAACCCUCAGGAUGACAAUACCGGCACAUCUGGCGAUCUCGAAGACGACUUAUCACCUGAGGAAGAGCUGAUUGCUGACGAGGAUGAUGAUGAGGAUGAUGAGGAUGAUGAUGAAGAUGAUGAAGAGGAAGAAGCAGAGGAGAACAUGAAUACAGACUCAUAUGAAGAUUCCAUGCCAGAGCCAGAAGUAGACAAAGACAAUGGAGAGAGUUUUGAUACUUCCAUGAACCACACAGAGACUUCCCGCCUAGAUAAAGAGGAGCCGGAGGCUGAGCCCUAAUCUAUGCUGUAGAAGGAGAACUAUGAAUUCCCUGAACAAACGCAAGUUUGAGUGGCCUCAUUUAUCAUGCUUAGAGAUGCAGCGGAUGACAAGAAAACAACCAACUACAAGAAAAGUGAAGGCCCAAAAUGAUUGAUUAUGAUGUUUACACGAUGACCAACAUUAUUAAUUUAAUUAUGCAUUAAAAAAUGAACCGAGAAAUAGACAGACGAGGCCCUCUUUUACUCAUGGGUGGCUGUGUAAACCUCUUGUGUGUGCAUGUUUGACUUUAAUUUAUUUGAUUUCAUUCGUUACUUUCUGUGUGUGGAAAAAAAAAGGAAAAACAAUCUCUCAAUAUAUGACUAUCUAUAUAAAGUAGAUGUGUGUGGAUGCUAAUGUACAUUUUAAUUGCAGUCACUGGAUUGCAGGACCCUCGUACCCACCCAAAAGCGACGAAAAGCGUACAUUGCAGGAAAUCUUUUAUAAAUAAUGUUGCUCAGAUAAUUGAUUCAGAAACACCUUGUGUCAUUUUUGUUAUUGAUAAUAUCAAUGAAGUGCAGGGGCCUGCAUCAGUGCUUUGACUCCGUUUAUCAUUUGUUUUUAUUAUUAUUAUUUAGAGUUAUUACAGUUCUCACUUAAACCUGCUGUCAUGGUCAGUGGUGUCAUAGGCUCCAUUCCAUGUGGACAUUCGCCUCCGUCUUCAGGACAAACAAACAGUGACCAGUGACUGCAUAGCUUCAGGUCAUAAAGCACUGAUCUCAGUGAACGCUAGCCCUCACUCGAUUUCUGUUCCUUCUCCUAUUCUCAAUGAGGACCCAUCUGGCAUUGCAUAUUUAUAGUGCACUUUUGUAUAGAUGAGAGCAGAUCCUCAAGCCUCUAUUUACAUCGAUUGCAUUACUAUGGCUUUGUGUUUGUUUGUUUUUGCAUUAUUCUCUAAUUGCACAGGCAUGACCAGAUGAUUUCAAUGGUGAGAGUCGGCGCCCCUUUGUUUCAGAGAGUUUUGUAAUGUGAUGAUGGUGCUACUGCCCAGUGUGAAUGGGAGGAGAUUACACUUAUGUCUUUGUCUAUGAUCCACAAAUAGAUGUCCUAAAGUGUCCCACAAACACAGUGCAGGAGUGAAGUGUGUCUCUGAAUGUAGGGAAAAGAUGUGUAUAGGUGUUAUUCUUCUUUCCUUUUCCCUUCGCAGUUUCUGCAGCAUGAAAAGAAAAAUAGUGGCAGCAAAGUCUGAAGAUGGAGACUUUUUUUUCAAGCUUCUUUUUCAGAAGCAUCAAAUGUCUGUUUCUAAAAAGAAGAGGAAAUGUGGAGAUAGACUUUUUUCUCGAUGGCUGAAUGAGGGCAGAUAUCACAAAGGCAACAUGAUGGAAAGUGUGUGAUUUUAUGAAUUGUACAGACAGAAAACAUUGUUUCAAGCUUUUGUUUUCUCUUUACAACAGCUGUGGUUUCACUCCAAUAAUAAGUUAUUUAAUAUUUAUGUGACCUUGCAAUGAGGAAAUUCUAGUUUUUUUUUUUUUUUUUCUUUUUUUCACUUUUUAGGUUCAUUUUUACUUUUUGAAAUUAUGGCAUAAAUCUUUUAACAGGGAAUUUGCUUUAUGAUGUGGUUUAGUUCACUUUGCUUUGAUGCACAAAUAGUCUUCAGUGUGGUGAAGAACUGUUGUUCUCUUUUGUUUAAAAAACAAAAACAAAAAAAAAGUUUUUUUUUCUUUGCUUCCAAGAUUGGAUGAUUUUAAUAUGAAACAGGCAUGCUAGAACCUGGCUUGCCUAACGAGUAACACUAAUGAUGACUGUAAUUUAAAUGAAUUCUAUACAGAGGAAAAUAUUGCAGUGCUUUGCUCUGAAUUAAAAAAAAAAGAAAAGAAUGAUUUUGUUUGCUUGGCCUCCAUUGAAUAUAAACAAGGAAACGUGUGGUGAGGAAAUUAAUGAUUUCCUAAACACCGCUUUGAACGAACUAUCAUAACUUAACUAAAUGUGUAGAUGGUUAUCUUCGACAAUGUUGUUUUGGGAGGGGGGAAAAAGUUGUAUAGUAUUUUCUUCUGUAAAAACUAUAUAUGAACAAAAAUGCUUUUUGAUUAAAAGCGACCUUUAAAAAGAAAAUGGAAAAAAAAGAAAUAAUGAAUAAAAAGUAAAAAACAGAACUAACACCAGUAUAGUUUGCUUGUAUGUGUGUGAGUGCGACUGUAUGUAAGUGUGUGUGUGAGAUUUUAUUGUUAUUACCAUGGUUUCCCCAUAGUGGUAGAGGAAUUACAGUAUUGUUCAAAAUAAUAGCAGUACAAUGUGACUAACCAGAAUAAUCAAGGUUUUUCGUAUAUUUUUUUAUUGCUACGUGGCAAACAAGUUACCAGUAGGUUCAGUAGAUUCUCAGAAAACAAAUGAGACCCAGCAUUCAUGAUAUGCACGCUCUUAAGGCUGUGCAAUUGGGCAAUUAGUUGAAUUAGUUGAAAGGGGUGUGUUCAAAAAAAUAGCAGUGUGGCAUUCAAUCACUGAGGUCAUCAAUUUUGUGAAGAAACCGGUGUGAAUCAGGUGGCCCCUAUUUAAGGAUGAAGCCAACACUUGUUGAACAUGCAUUUGAAAGCUGAGGAAAAUGGGUCGUUCAAGACAUUGUUCAGAAGAACAGCGUACUUUGAUUAAAAAGUUGAUUAGAGAGGGGAAAACCUAUAAAGAGGUGCAAAAAAUGAUAGGCUGUUCAGCUAAAAUGAUCUCCAAUGCCUUAAAAUGGAGAGCAAAACCAGAGAGACGUGGAAGAAAACGGAAGACAACCAUCAAAAUGGAUAGAAGAAUAACCAGAAUGGCAAAGGCUCAGCCAAUGAUCACCUCCAGGAUGAUCAAAGACAGUCUGGAGUUACCUGUAAGUACUGUGACAGUUAGAAGACGUCUGUGUGAAGCUAAUCUAUUUUCAAGAAUCCCCCGCAAAGUCCCUCUGUUAAAAAAAAGGCAUGUGCAGAAGAGGUUACAAUUUGCCAAAGAACACAUCAACUGGCCUAAAGAGAAAUGGAGGAACAUUUUGUGGACUGAUGAGAGUAAAAUUGUUCUUUUUGGGUCCAAGGGCCACAGGCAGUUUGUGAGACGACCCCCAAACUCUGAAUUCAAGCCACAGUACACAGUGAAGACAGUGAAGCAUGGAGGUGCAAGCAUCAUGAUAUGGGCAUGUUUCUCCUACUAUGGUGUUGGGCCUAUUUAUCGCAUACCAGGGAUCAUGGAUCAGUUUGCAUAUGUUAAAAUACUUGAAGAGGUCAUGUUGCCCUAUGCUGAAGAGGACAUGCCCUUGAAAUGGUUGUUUCAACAAGACAAUGACCCAAAACACACUAGUAAACGGGCAAAGUCUUGGUUCCAAACCAACAAAAUUAAUGUUAUGGAGUGGCCAGCCCAAUCUCCAGACCUUAAUCCAAUUGAGAACUUGUGGGGUGAUAUCAAAAAUGCUGUUUCUGAAGCAAAACCAAGAAAUGUGAAUUAAUUGUGGAAUGUUGUUAAAGAAUCAUGGAGUGGAAUAACAGCUGAGAGGUGCCACAAGUUGGUUGACUCCAUGCCACACAGAUGUCAAGCAGUUUUAAAAAACUGUGGUCGUACAACUAAAUAUUAGUUUAGUGAUUCACAGGAUUGCUAAAUCCCAGAAAAAAAAAAUGUUUGUACAAAAUAGUUUUGAGUUUGUACUGUCAAAGGUAGACACUGCUAUUUUUUUGAACACACCCCUUUCAACUAAUUGCCCAAUUGCACAGCCUUAAGAGCGUGCAUAUCAUGAAUGCUGGGUCUUGUUUGUUUUCUGACAAUCUACUGAACCUACUGGUAACUUGUUUGCCACGUAGCAAUAAAAAAUAUACUAAAAACCUUGAUUAUUCUGGUUAGUCACAUUGUACUGCUAUUAUUUUGAACAAAACUGUAAAUCUAUACGAGUCACAUAUCUUUUACGCAACAAAGUCAUCAUUUUCAAAGUUGUAUAUCACAAUAACAAUAUCUGCAUAAUUUAAUACCAUCCACAACGCUUUGUCUGCUAUUGUUUUGGUGUUUGUUUUUUAUUUAAUUGAACUUAUGUAUUUUGCAUAUGGCAUGCCCCUCUCACAGGCCGUUUGUUCUCUGGUCUCAAGUGCAAAAGCGCAGAACUGACACUGAAGCAGCUGUUUGCCUGGGAGAUACUGUGCACUUGAUUACAUUUUAUGCGUGUAAAAUAGCAGGAUUUGUAAAGAGUCAAAAUAAAGAAAUUCUAAUUAUUAUAACAAUGCAAA